AUGGAAAAGCAGCUCGAGGGUUCUGAGAUUCAUGGAUUCCAUACAAUGCAAGAUUUGGAUGUUGGGACUAUUAUGGAGGAAGCCAAAUCAAGAUGGCUCCGCCCAAAUGAAAUUCAUGCAAUACUCUACAAUCACAAGUAUUUCACCAUCUAUGUCAAGCCAGUGAACUUGCCCCAAAGUGGCACUAUUGUAUUGUUUGACCGUAAGAUGCUUAGAAACUUCAGGAAAGAUGGUCAUAACUGGAAGAAGAAAAAGGAUGGGAAGACAGUUAAAGAAGCUCAUGAACACUUGAAAGUUGGUAAUGAAGAAAGGAUUCAUGUAUACUAUGCACAUGGCGAAGAUAGCCCAACCUUUGUCCGGAGGUGUUAUUGGCUGCUUGAUAAGAGUCUAGAACAUAUAGUCCUUGUUCAUUACCGUGAAACACAAGAGUUGCAGGGUUCUCCAGUCACACCUGUGAAUUCAAAUAAUUCUAGUUCUGUCUCUGACCCAUCUGCUCCUUGGCUUUUAUCAGAAGAACUUGAUUCUGGGGCUAACAAGUCAUAUUGUGCUGGUGAAAAUGAACUUUCAGAGCCUGGUGAUGGUUUGAUUGUUAAGAAUCAUGAAAAGAGGCUCCAUGAUAUCAAUACACUUGAAUGGGAGGAACUUCUGAUUACAAAUGAUUCUAAAGGAGACAUAGUCUCAUGCGAUGACCAGCAGAAUCAAGUCGUAGGAAAUGGCUUCAUAAGUGGUGGAGCCAGCGUUAUAUCAGCUGAAAUGUCUGCUUUUGAUAAUUUAACCAAUCCAACUUCGAGGAGUGAUAACGUUCAAUUCAAUCUUCCAGACAGUCCAUAUGUUCCGACAGUGGAGAAGACCACCUAUGAUUCCUUGGACGUUUUGGUUAAUGAUGGAUUACAUAGUCAGGACAGUUUUGGAAGGUGGAUAAACCAGGUCAUGGCAGACCCUCCAGGCUCAGUGGAAGACCCAGCACUUGAAUCCUCAUCUUUAGCUGCUCAAAAUUCAUUUGCUUCUCCUUCAGCUGAUCAUCUUCAAUCUUCUGUUCCUCACCAAAUAUUUAAUAUAACUGAUCUGUCACCUGCAUGGGCCUUUUCAAACGAAAAAACAAAGAUUCUAAUCACUGGCUUCUUUCACCAAGAGUAUUUACAUCUUGCAAAGUCCGAUCUACUCUGUAUUUGUGGCGAUGUAUGUCUUCGUGCAGAAAUUGUUCAGGCUGGGGUGUAUCGCUGUUUUGUACCACCACAUUUACCCAGAGUAGUAAACCUUUUUAUGAGUAUUGAUGGCCAUAAACCCAUCAGCCUAGUACUAAACUUCGAAUAUCGUGCUCCUGUUUUGAGUGAUCCAAUUAUUUCUUCGGAAGAGAACAAAUGGGAAGAGUUCCAAGCCCAGAUGCGGCUUGCUUAUUUACUUUUCUCUUCAUCUAAGAACCUUAACAUUGUAUCUAAUAAAGUAUUACCGAAUGCCCUGAAAGAAGCCAAGAAGUUUUCCCACAGAACCUCGCACAUAUCUAAUAGCUGGGCAUAUUUGAUGAAGGCAGUUGAAGACAACAGAACUCCCUUACCACUGGCAAAGGAUGGUCUGUUCGAACUCAUUUUGAAGAACAGAUUAAAGGAUUGGCUGUUGGAGAAAGUUGUUGCCAGCUCUACAACCAAAGAAUAUGAUGCUUAUGGCCAAGGAGUAAUCCAUUUAUGUGCUAUUCUAGAAUAUACAUGGGCUGUUCGCUUGUUUUCAUGGUCAGGCUUGUCAUUAGACUUUCGUGAUAGACGUGGAUGGACAGCCCUUCAUUGGGCAGCAUAUUGUGGAAGGGAGAAAAUGGUUGCAGUUCUUUUAUCUGCGGGGGCAAAGCCAAACUUGGUCACUGACCCCAGUUCAGAAAACCCUGGUGGAUAUACUGCUGCUGAUCUUGCAGCCAUGAAGGGGUAUGAUGGCUUAGCAGCUUAUCUGUCAGAGAAGGCUUUGGUAGAACAAUUCAAGGAUAUGAGCGUAGCUGGAAAUGCUAGUGGUUCCCUUCAAACUAGCUCAAACUAUGCAGGGAACUCUGAGAACCUCAGUGAGGAUGAGAUACAUCUGAAGGAUACUUUGGCAGCUUAUCGGACAGCUGCUGAUGCUGCAGCACGAAUACAGGCUGCCUUCAGGGAGAACUCACUAAAAUUAAAGGCUAAAGCAGUUCAGUAUUCCACUCCAGAGGCUGAAGCACGUGGUAUAAUUGCAGCAUUGAAAAUUCAACAUGCCUUUCGCAACUAUGAUACACGAAAAAAGAUCAAAGCUGCUGCCCGCAUUCAAUAUAGGUUUCGUACCUGGAAGAUGCGCCAAGAAUUCCUUAGUUUGCGCCGUCAAGCUAUCAAAAUUCAAGCUGCUUUUCGGGGAUUCCAAGUGCGGAGGCAGUACCGUAAAGUUCUUUGGUCAGUUGGAGUGCUUGAGAAAGCUGUUUUGCGGUGGCGUUUUAAAAGAAGGGGGCUUCGUGGGCUUAAUGUGGCCCCGGUUGAAGUCGAUGUAGAUCAGAAGCAGGAAAGUGAUACAGAAGAAGACUUCUACCGGGCCAGCCGGAAACAAGCUGAAGAGCGCAUUGAGAGAUCUGUUGUACGGGUUCAGGCCAUGUUCCGCUCAAAGAAAGCACAAGAAGAAUAUAGUCGGAUGAAGUUGACCCACAUUGAAGCAAAGCUGGAAUUCGAAGAGCUUCUGGAUCCUGACUCUAACAUGGAUAGUUGA